ACGAGGUUUGCAAUUCUCAUCGGAUAUCGCGGGUGGCCGAUCAUGUAGGAGAACACUUGUAAAGACACACACAUCUAUAAGUGCAGACUCGUAGCGCUCUGGAGCAUCUGUUGCAAGACUGCAGUAUCCAGCACAUCUUCAUCCUGUUCUGAUACACCUCUUUAGUCUACCUCUCUGAAGAACCCCUCGUCGAACACAUUCCAAUAUCACAUUGAACGCCGAGAUCAGCUCCAGCCGCCGACUAUGCUCAGACUACUCACCACAGUGGCCACGGCCAUUCUGCCUCUUGCGGCAGCAGUGCCACUUGCUAGCAACGGCGCGCAGCCGCCGGCACCACGCGACGACAACCCCGGCUGCUUCGAUACUUCUUUCAAUGCGCUCGCGUGGGGUCUUGAGGACUUUGUCUACAACGCCUCAUACCUCUUCACCACGCCCUCGCACCAGAACUCGUGGGGUUAUGCCAACUUCGAGCUCUCAAAUUCAGCCCUGACGUACAAGGCCUCCUGCCACGCCGCGAGCAGCCAGCUCUCCGACUUCUUCUACGGCACGCUCAACUACGACUGCGUGAUGCCCGACCCGGAAGGGCAGGGCACUACCACGACCUUCGCCUUUGACUACCCGGGCCACAAGCUCAGCGUCAACCAGACCUGGUCAUGCAGUGACGCGGAUCCGGCGUGGCCUACAACAUUCCGCGCCGCGGGAAGCAUCGAUCUCGACCUCGAGUGCACGGACACCGGCAACGUCGUGAACCCGGACUGGGAGUACGGCACGGGAGCGUUCUACUCGACGCGCUACGUCAGCUGUGCGCCCGUGAGCCUCAAGGGCUUGAAGCCCCAGGAGCUUACCGCCAUUGCGUGAGCGUGGAACUGUAUGUGUGUGUGUGUGUGUGUGUGUUGCGCGUGGAAGGAUAGGGGAGAAAGUUGAGGUGGGCAGAUUUGAGAAGAGUGGAAUUUUGGCUUACAGGAGUUUGUGACGGGGGAGGUUAUGGUCCUUUUUUUCUUUUUUCUUUUGGGAAGGGGAGACGAGUAAAUGAUAGAGCAUGAGCAUGACGAACGACAACCUCUCUUCAUAGCUAUUUAAUGAAUACUUUGUUUAACUGUGGUA